AGGCUGUUGUAGUGUAGUUCUCGCUCAUUGUGAUGAAAAUACAAACAAGUAUCUUGCACAUGAUAGCUAGCGAGCUUUGUGUGUGGGUUUUUAGGGGUAAGUUAGCUAAAUUAUGUUGCAUGCAUUGUAGGCAGAAAUCUAGUUCUUUAUGAAGAAAGGUUAGCCAAAGGGCUGUAAAAUGUAUGGAGCUCCUGUGGAUUUAUCAUUCAAAUGCCUCAGCUCAAUGACAGACGCUCUGAUGGAGGAGCCAAAUCAGGGCUUGCGGCCACUGAAGCGAAAUGCAGAGAAGAAGUUCUGCAGCCGCUCGCUGCGUCUCAACAACAACAUGAUCACAGACUUGAGUGGCUUCAAUAAUACGGUCUCAGCCUUCCUCUCAGAGCCCUCACAGCUCGCCUGGGUCGACCUGUCCUUCAACGACAUCUCACACGUAGACUCAGUCCUGGUGGAGCUGAAGGAACUGCGGGUGUUGUAUCUCCAUGGUAACAGCAUCUGUAACCUUUCGGAGGUGGAUAAGCUGGGCGUCCUGCCCUUCCUACAUACACUCACCCUGCACGGCAACACCAUGGAGAACGAGGGGAGCUACAGGGGGUAUGUGAUUGCGGCUCUGCCUCACUUGAAGAGGUUGGACUUCAGCACUGUAACACGGCAGGAGCGAAUCAUGGCCAAGGUCUGGCAUCGCCCCGGAAACCGUGGCAAAAACACCAGGAAGAACCAGGACGACUGACCUGUCACCACAGAAACGGAGGGAGGGGGGGACACAAUCGUCAUGCCAACCAACCAAAGGGUUCCAGAACCACAGGCUUACAUCAGGCCUUAUGACUAAAGCAUCAUGUAAAAGUACAAUAUUAAUCUACUCACCAGAAA